ACCUCGAAGUUGAAUUAGGGCUUUCUGGCCGCAAACAAGCCACAAACCCCAAUGCCAGCAUUGCAGAUCUAUCAUCUAGCUUGCAGCUGCACACUUUUCUGGCCGGAGAAAGCUUGCAUGAGCAGAUCCUGUCAGUGUUAGUAUUAGCCGCUUUCACGGAUCUGUAUCAGCUUUGAACAGCCUUCAGGAGGAGGGAAGAGAGCCAAGAGAUUCCUUCUAUUAGUCCUGAAAACUUAUUUGUCGUCGAUUGGCUGGGGCGCCAUGGAGUUUGUGAAGGGUAUUUACACAGACAUGGAGUGUCUGGUGGCGAUGUGGUUUGCGAAGGCGCAGGGCGACACACACAAAGAGAGGCUGGACGCUUUCUACGGCCGCCAAGCACACGCUUAUGAUCGCUUCCGAGCCAACUUCCUGCACGGUCGGCGGCCUAUGCUGAAAGAACUUGCCAAGCAGCUCUCCGCUUUUGAUGGGCCUGUGUCCUGGGUAGAUCUGGGCGGCGGUACGGGGGAGAAUGUUGCGAUGAUGGCAGACUAUAUUGACCUGAGCAGAUUCGAGAAGAUCUACGUGGUGGAUCUGUGUUCUCCCCUCUGCGACGUUGCGAAGGCAAAGGCCAAAGAGCGGGGCUGGAACAACGUAGAGGUGGUGGAGGGCGACGCAUGCACAUUCCAACCAGACAACAAGGCGACUGUCGUGACCUUCUCCUACUCUCUGUCAAUGAUCCCCCCCUACAUGGCUGCCGUUGACAACGCCCUCUCCAUGCUCGCCCCGGGGGGUCUCCUCGGCAUCGCCGACUUUUAUGUCUCCGGAAAGUACGACCGCCCGCAGCGGCAGCAUCCCUACUACCGGCGCUGGUUCUGGCAGGCCAUCUUUGACCUGGACAACAUCAACCUGGGGCCGGAGCGGCGCGCGUACCUGGACCACAAACUGGAGACAGUUGUCGAGGUGAAUAGUCAAGGCGGUAUACCAUACGUGCCGAUCCUCCGCGCUCCCUGGUAUUUCUGGAUAGGAUCACCGAAAGAUGCGUCAGAAUCGGAACAACCGGGACAGGACUUGCUACAAUAACAGCCAAGUACCCUGAUGGCUCAGGGUUGGUUCAAAAAAAGAUGAACGCUAGUAGUCAAACAGGUUGAUUUUUCCGGUAUCGCUUUAACGCAUUGAGACCGUCUCAAGAAAGGGUAUGCCGUGUUGAGACGCCCAAGGUUGCCUAAGCUCGCUCAAAAAGUACAUUUGAACCAGCAUCAUCGCACUUGUGGCACGUUCUGCCCCAAUUGAGCUUGGGGCAUUCCAAUAUCACCAAGGGCAUGUCAAUUCAGAUUCUAUUAUGCGCGAUUACGCCCGGC